GAGUAAAAAUUAAAAGUUUGUGAUAUUUAGCAGUAAUUCACAAGAAAUGGAUACAAAAAACGUUUUGAUUGUUGUAUAAGGCUUCAAUCUAAAACAGUAAGAAGUUUGUAAGAAUUUUCAGAAGCUAAAAUAUAAGAUAAUUGUAAUUCCUUUUUCUUGCUGAUCAGACGAGUAAAGCUUCGACUUGCGUUUGUUAGAACACCGUAGUGGUUAACCAUGAUUCAUUUAACGGGUCAAAAUUUGACCUCAAAGGAAAUCAUCCAGAACAUCUUCUCGCCAAUUGUUGGAGCUAUAAUUUCCACUCAGGCUGACGAGCUAUGCCAAAAGAAUAAUCUUUCUUUCGUAGAGAUGCUGCAACCAUUUCUACGGCUGUCGUCCGAUGCAGCUCACUUCCGAGAUACGGCCGGCACCAGUGUGUCGAUCAAGGGUCUUCGCGUAAAUGUGAUCGACGUUAACUGGAGACCACCGCAGACGAUCCUAGCGAAGAAAAUGCUCAACGAAUCGGUCACCAGCGCCGCCGGUGAGAAGCUUAAAGCCGUCAAGCUUGAGGAUGGAACUUUCGUGGACAUUCCAGUUUCGGAACCUUGGUUCGAGCAGUGGCGCGAAACAUUUCUAACGGUUCAGUUUCCUUCGGACCAUGAGUUCACUAGACAUCUGCUGUGCUCGUUGAUUGUCGUUUCCAGCAUCGACGUGAAUCCUUUGGAAGUUGCCGGUCAGCUAACGAAGAAAAUUCAAAUGAUGCAAAAUAUUACGCCUCCUCGUUUGCCCAAGUGGUUUUCGACGGAUUCUCUCAAUUGCUAUGUUAUGCUGCAUGAUGGAUGCUCAGGGGACAUUGGAAAAGCUCAACAAGCAUUCGAGGGUCUCAAAUCAACGUAUGGGGAUCACAAAUGUUUCCUGGUACAGAUAAACUCACACCAGGGACCUCCGAUGGAGUGUCCCGAUCCAUGGUUGCGCUAUCUGAAGAAACACCAACGGACGGAGCCCACUGCUGCCGAAAUCGAUAGUGCCCCGAAAACGCCACAAGACAUGGGCUCGGUUACAUCGAUGCCAUCUACGUUGAUUACAACGUCAGUAACUCCAGGCGGAAGUAGUACGACUUCGGAUACACUUUCUGCUACGGGAGUUAUCAGCGGAGAAGUAAUCGCACAUCCGCUGAGUCCGGUUCAGGAAACUGGAAUCGAAAUUCAAGAAACUUCAAGCCUUACGUCCAGUAUAGAUAGUUUGUCCCAACAAACCAUUAAUCCUAACGUGUGGACCGUGGAGAGCGACAUUGAUAUAGCACAUGGGACGUUUUUAACUGCGGGAGAUCUUGAAAAUUUGAAACAUUUCGUUCAGGACUUUGCCGUCCGAGCGUUGAUUCCCUACGUAGAAAAACUAGUUGGUGUACUGAAUGAUUCGAUUUCUAACAAAAAAGGAGUUAGCCGCUCACUGCUGAGCGCUACUAAGCGGUGGUUUGUAACGAAUAAGCCCGGAACCAACACGAACCAAAAUGCGGUUGUCUACACUAACGAGUCAACCGAGCUUCAAACUCGAAAGCUAGGAGAUCUGUACUUUAUGUUUGGACAUUAUGCUCUGGCUUUCCAAGCAUAUCAUCAAGCGAAAAGAGAUUUCAAUGCUGAUUCAGCUUGGCAGUACUAUGCGGGUGCACUGGAAAUGGCUGCUUUGGCAGCUUUCAUGCAAGGAACGGCUAACCGGAAAACCUACGAUUACAUGGAGGAAGCUAUCGUUACUUACCUAAACAGCUGCAAGAUGCCUCAGUUCGCUACCCGUGCCACGUUGCUUUCGCUGGAGUGUCUUAAGGCGACCAAAUUUUAUAACGAAGCCGCUAAGCAGUUGAUUCGAAUGACAAGCGAAGAUUCGGAUCUGCGUUCAGCUUUGCUACUCGAGCAGGCCGCUUACUGCUACCUUUUGGCAACACCUCCGCAAUACAGAAAGUAUGCCUUUCAUUCGGUUCUCGCAGGUCAUCGAUUUUCCAAAUCAGGCCAAAGAAAGCAUUCGUUCCGAACCUACAAACAGGCUUAUCAGGUUUUUGAAAAUCGCGGCUGGAGCCUGGCGGAGGAUCACAUCCAGUACACCAUCGGCAGACAGGCGAUCAAUUUAAAGAAGCUUGACGAAGCUAGCAAUUGCCUUUCUCACUUGCUGAGACCUUCCAGUUUGCAAAGUGCGGCCCAGCAGGCAUUUUUCCUUAAAGACUUCCUCGCCACCCAGAAAGCACUGCUUGGUAAAGGCGAUGCGAACGACAUACUGACUAUUUUGCUUCCAAAAAUUGUUCAAACAUCCACUCGAGUUCUAGUAACAUCGCAACCACCGGUUGCGAACCCGCUGUUCAUUCCGGCUACCAAUUUAACGCUUUCAUCCAGUUUAGUGGACGAAAAUGUUUGGAACAAAAUGGAGGAAAUGCUAGUUCAAAGUGCUUCUAAAAAAUCUGUCAUGAUUUUUAAACCAAGCAGAGCACUGUUUACGCAGGAAUCUCCAACGGUGGAUAAUCCCCGCGCUGUGCAUGGUGAACCAAUAGAGCUCGCUUUUAAUUUGGAAAAUACGAUCAAGCCACCCAUCACGUUCGGAGAAAUCAACGUGCUGUGGGAGUUUCGCAAGGACAAUCAGGAAAUUUUCUCGAACAAGCCCCUGUUCCUGGGUGAAAUCACCGCCGACGAACGCAAGGAGAUUGAUAACGUCGUAACGACAACCUCCGUCAGUUCGGUGCAAUUCGGAGAGUAUGAAGUGAAAACCAUUUCCCUAAAGCUAACCCCUAGAAGCACAGGACAGCUGCGAAUUCUGGGAGUCGUAGGAAAGAUUUCCUCCAACGCAACCGGUGUCACGGAUGCUCCGAACAUUUGGGGAAAGCAACUUUUCGAAGCGGCAACAAUUCGUUCGACAGCGAAAGAUAACCGCGCGGCUCAGUUUGAUCGAAAGCUUGAAAUUGAAGUGCUUCCUCCUGCUCCGGCUUUGCAUGUUAGCUUUUCACAGACCCCGGUGGAGGUUUUAGCCGGUGAAGUAAUACCUAUCAAAAUUAAUAUGACCAACGCCGGUAUCAGCGUUCUCAGCGAUAUCUACAUCUGCAUCGAGAACCCACGGUACGUGCUAGUCAAUCCGGAGGAGAGCGAAAUUCCGCUUUCGGUGCUGCGGGAUUUGCGUAAUUUGAGCAAUGAAAAUCUAGGCAAAGAGAAAGAGGCCCGAAAGCAGUACGUUUUCAAAGCAUUCAAAGAAUCGGAAGGUAAUUGCAUCAAUCCAAAAGAAACGAAGGUCAGCACCAUUUGGCUGCAGGCACCGUACGCAAAAGGGCAGAAGAAUGUCAAGCUGCUCAUCUACUACGGUUUACCAGCCGAUUAUCCCAAAUUGAAACAUCGCCUUGUACGGCACACGUGGAGUUUCAAUGUAAACGAGUCGCUGCUGGUAGAUGCAAACUGUAACGUUAGCAAUCCAACAACCAACGAGUUGGGAAUCGAUUUGAAUGUGAAAAACCUAAAUCAGGUCCACCAUCCAUUGAUGACCGACAUCACCGUCAAUGAAAUUGUACUAUACUGUUCCACCUACCAACUUAAUCCGAGAAAAAUAAUUUACAUCAAAAACCCCGGCUAUUAUAAACACUUUGUCGAAAGCGGUGGUCUCAAAACGAACGAAACGCUUAGCCUACGGUGCAACUUGCAGCGUCGUUCGGGUGAGGUGAAAUUCGGUGGAAACAUUCGCGAGUACAUCAGCGACAAACUGUCGACGGUUUCGAUUCGUGCUCCCAGCGAAGAUAUGAUACGAUGUUUGCCAAACUUCCAUUCGACCGGCAGUUUUCUGAUGAAAAACGAAACGAAGUACAUUCGCGUCUACGAGAGCACAAACAACGAGGAGUUUAAUCAAAUCGUAUCCACGUUGGAUCGUCACAUGACGGUCAGCGUGAACUGGAGUGCCAAUAUCAACGAUAACGGAUCAUCCCGUCCGGCGUAUGGGCAGCAUUUUGUGCAAUUGAGAAAUCUGUAUGAUGCAGUAUUUUGUCCCCCUUCGGAGCGGCAUCAGCAAGUUACAUUCACCCAUAACGAAGUGAUUUACAGUAUCUUCGACGAUCUUGAUCGGAUUUUACCCAAGGAAGAUCCUGAAUUGGAUGAAGGUUGGGGUUUCAACAACAACUUUGUUGCGCAACGAUGUUUUCUGGAGGAGAUCGGACAUCAUUCGGAGCAAACAACAAAGGCAUAAAGUUUAUUCCGUGUUUGACACACCCGUC